GGAUCCUCUUUCCUCCCUCCCUCGACUUCCUGUCUUGUCUGCGUGACGGUCUCUCUCCUUUAUUUCGGGUCCUUCUUUCUCUCCCACUCGUCGCCAUGAGUGCCUCCAAGGCGGAGUCUCAGAAGAUCUUUGAGAAACUCAAACUCAAACCCGCUAACAAGAUAUGCUUUGAUUGCGGCUCCAAGAAUCCCACCUGGUCGUCGGUGCCGUUCGGUAUCUACCUCUGCUUGGACUGCUCCGCCAACCAUCGUAACCUGGGUGUCCACAUUUCCUUUGUUCGUUCCACGAACCUCGACCAAUGGCAAUGGGAGCAGCUCCGUCUUAUGAAAGUCGGCGGUAACGAGUCCGCCACUAAAUAUUUCCAAUCGCAUGGCGGAUCUGCCGCUCUCGCCAGCAAGGACGUCAAGGUCAAGUACACGUGCAAUGCCGCCGUUAAGUACAAGGAUGAAUUGAAGAGACGGGCCGCGCAGGAUGCUCAACUGUACCCCGAAGAAGUGGAGAUCACCGAUGUCCCCGCCGGCGUUUCGUCGAACGGCUCUAGCACCCCUGCUGCCGACGAGGAUGAUUUCUUUUCCUCGUGGGACAAGCCCUCCAUUAAGCGCCCCAGCAAUCCUCCCUCCCGCACCGGCACCCCUCCAGUUGUCAGCCGGAAUGGCACCCCGUUCCUGAACACCGCUGCCGCUGCCAAUGCCAACGGCGCUCGCUCCAAGUCCCCGCUUUCGGCUUCCGAUAAGGACUCCUCACCUGCUCCGGCUGCUAUCCGGGCCAGCGCCUCUGUACGCAAGACUUCGUCGACGGGUCCUGCGAAGAAGGGCAGCGUUCUGGGUGCCAAGAAGGCUCCUAAACUCGGGGCCAAGAAGGUUGCUGCCGCGGAGAUUAUCGAUUUCGACGAGGCAGAGCGGAAAGCCAAGGAGGAGGCAGAGCGCAUCGAGAAACUUGGCUAUGACCCCGAGGCCGAAAAGGCCGAGGCUGAUGCCAAGAACAAGACGGCAAACACAGGAGCCACCGCCAUUGCGUCCCCGACACCGAUCAGUCCGAACAAGGGCGGCUUCGGCGCCACUAAGAGCUCCCAGGAGCGGAACUCCAACGAUGUGGAGCGUCUUGGCAUGGGCAUUGGACGUCUUGGGUUUGGUCAAACUGUCGGCGCGAAGCCUGCUGCUCCCAAGAAGCCGGGCUUUGGGUCGGUUGGUCCCACCAGAACGGCUGCUGAUGGUAGGUUAUCUGCUUUUUAUAUGGCUGGUCUAAGCUCGAUACUAACGAAGUUAUGCAGAUGAAGAACUUAAGCAAGCCAAGGAUCGAUUCGGCACCCAGAAGGGUAUCUCGUCGGACGAGUUCUUUGGGCGGGAACGAUUCGAUCCCAACGCGCAAGCGGAGGCGAAGGAGCGCCUGCGCAACUUCGAUGGUGCCACUGCUAUUUCUAGUAACUCUUACUUUGGCCGACCUGAAGACGACCUUCCUGCCGGAGAUGAUACCUACGGAGACCUGGAAGGUGCCGCAAAGGACUUUGUUCGCCGCUUUGGCAUCACGGCCGGUGAUGACCUAGAAAACCUCUCUCAGAUCGUUGGAGAUGGAGCCGUCAAACUGCAAGGCGCUAUCCGCAGCUAUUUGAACAGCUAAAUGGUUCCCAUUCGCGUUAUAAAACCCACACCCACAAUAUCGCUUACUUGGAUGUUCUUCUUCUCCCAUCCGUGCUACCCACAGCUCUCUUGUUCUUUUUUGAGUCAUACACGGCGUUCUCAUUCGUAUUCCCCCACUUCAGCCUACAUUCUCAAUCCAAUGCAACCGACUGCAACCGACAAACAUAACCACUUUCACCAGAAGCGGUCCCAUGAGAGUUUAAGAUCUAGAACAUCUCUCCGUCCUGACUUGAUCCAGUCAUGUUCAAGUCGGUUGCCUUUACUUUUUAUUCCCAUUCCCCUUGUUAGUUGCCUUUGUGGUUUUGAGUUAAUUGAAAACUUUGAAAUUGGCAUUCCCCUUUGCUCAUGUCUCUUUCCUAUCCCUGACGAUUUCCUGUAUAUUCUUUCGAAAUAAGUAGGUUAGGUCGUGUUAGGAGUUGUUUUCUUUGUCGUUUUAAAAUUAAAC